AUGAACAGCAGACACAAGUUUCCACAUCCUAUUAUCACUGUGGCGUUGGUUUUGAUACUUUGGUUCGGUAUAUUGGGACGAGUAAACUCUGCAGAUGACGAUUAUGAGGCGACUGAAGCGACCGAUGCAUCGACCGAGGAUCCCGAUGCGGCCGACGCGCCCGAGGCGGCUCAGUCGACUGAGCCAACUAACCCUGCUGCCGUUCAGAUCCUAUCACAGCUCAUAUUUACACAAUUUAGUAACAUGAGUACUUUCCUUAGCCCCGACAUCCGAGCUAAAUUGGAUUUCUGCAUUAAGAAUGUAGAAGCUGAAUGGAAUUUGGCAUUCAAUUUCUCCGCGGAUUCUGAAUUCUUGUCCAACUGCAUACAGAAAACAAAAGGAGAAGCCAUGCAGCGUAUCUGCACUUCAGCUGAAAUAAGGUUCUACUUCAGAAGCUUCCUUGACAGUGGCUCAAAAAAAUAUUUGAAGCCCAACAUGAACUGCAAUUUAUCCUCAUGGGUUCCUGGAUGUGAGCCUGGGUGGUCUUGUAGUGUUGGAAAGGAUAAAAAGGUUGACUUCAAGAAUUCCAAGGACGUGCCUUCCAGAAUCCUUGCCAGUCAGCCUUGCUGUGAAGGUUUCUUCUGUCCACAGGGUAUUACUUGUAUGAUACCUUGUCCAUUAGGUGCUUACUGUCCUCUUGCCACUCUAAACAAGACUUCUGGUGUAUGUGACCCGUACCAUUAUCAGACUCCUCAAGGACAGACGAAUCAUACUUGUGGUGGAGCAGAUAUGUGGGCGGAUAUCUUAAGCAGUAGACCGGUAUUCUGUUCCGCAGGAUCAUACUGUCCGACUACUAUCAAAAGAGUUCCUUGCAGUAGGGGACACUACUGCAGAACUGGUUCUACAACUCAAACAAGAUGCUUUCGUUUGGCUACUUGUGAAGAAAAAACUGAAAAUCAGAAUAUUACUGCAUAUGGAAUCCUCCUUUUUGUUGGGUUAAUGCUGGUGAUGCUCAUUAUGUACAACUGCUCUGAUCAAGUCCUCAGCACUAGAGAGAAGAACAAAGAAAAAUCCAGAGAAGCUGCUGCAAGAAGUGCAAAAGAAACUGCACAAGCACGUGAACGAUGGAAAACUGCAAAAGAUGCAGCCAAAAAGGGUGCGUCUGGACUGCAAACUAGUUUAUCACGGACAUUUUCUCGCAAAAGAUCAUCAAAUUCCCAAGAUUUUAAAGGCACAGGCCAAGUGAAAUCUGGAUCAGAUGUGCCUGCGAAUGCAUCUCAGGCCAAAGGAACGAGAAAGGAAGAUAGUGACUUCCAUGAUAUAGAUGAGGACCCAGAUAACCAUGAGGGCUUUAAUAUGCAGAUUGGAAAUAAAAACAUGAAAAAACCACCAAAAGGUAAGGAGCUGCAUAGUCGUAGCUCCAUUUUUAGAUAUGCUUAUGGCCAAAUUGAGAAGGAAAAAGCUCUGCAGGAGCAACAUAAGAACUUAUCUUUCUCGGGAAUUAUUUCAAUGGCCUCUGAUGGUGAACCUAACAACAGGCCUACAAUUGAGGUUGAAUUCAAGGAUUUGACGCUUACUUUAAAAGGAACAAACAGGCAUAUCAUGAGGUGUGUUUCUGGGAAAAUUAUGCCUGGUCGAGUUUCUGCUGUCAUGGGGCCGUCUGGGGCAGGGAAAACUACAUUCCUUUCGGCCUUAGCUGGAAAGGCAACUGGGUGCACAAGGAGUGGUCAGAUUCUUAUUAAUGGAAAGCCAGAUUCAAUUCAUUGUUACAAGAAAAUUGUUGGGUUUGUGCCCCAAGAUGAUAUAGUGCAUGGGAAUCUAACAGUUGAGGAAAAUCUAUGGUUUAGUGCCAAAUGCAGACUUCCAGCUGAGCUGCCUAAAAUGGAAAAGGUUCUAGUUGUUGAAAGAGUUAUAGAGUCUUUGGGAUUGCAGUCUGUCCGAGAUUCCAUGGUGGGAUCUGUAGAGAAACGAGGAAUAUCUGGAGGUCAAAGGAAGCGAGUGAAUGUUGGGUUAGAAAUGGUUAUGGAACCUUCCCUUUUAAUCUUAGAUGAGCCAACUUCUGGUUUGGACAGUUCAUCUUCACAAUUACUUCUUAGGGCACUUCGUCGGGAAGCCCAGGAAGGCGUAAAUAUUUCCAUGGUUGUUCACCAACCGAGCUAUACCUUGUUCCAGAUGUUCGAUGACUUGAUACUCCUAGCUAAAGGUGGUCUGACAGCUUAUCACGGACCAGUAAAAAAGGUUGAAGAAUACUUUGAAGGGCUUGGUAUUACAGUACCGGAACGCAUUAAUCCUCCUGACCAUUUCAUAGACAUUCUUGAAGGAAUAGUAAAGCCAACUGCAGCUUCAGGCAUAAAUUUUAAGGAACUUCCACUGAGAUGGAUGCUUCACAACGGGUAUGCAGUGCCACAGGAUAUGUUAAACACUGCUGGAGGACUGAAAUCAUCGGCUUCUGGGAAUGAUUCAGCUCACGGAGGAAUGAUCUCAUCUGCUGCAUCAGAGAGCCUUUCUUUUGUAGGUGAAAUACUCAAGGACUUGAGAUUUCAUGCAGAAUUGAAGAUAGACUUUAUACUUCAUAACUUCUUAAGGUCCGCAGACCUAUCCAACCGCAACACCCCUAAUGUGUUUGAGCAAUACAGACAGUUUCUUGGAAGGAUUGGCAAGCAACGGAUGCGUGAAGCCAUGAUACAGGCGAUAGAUCUUCUGAUUUUAUUAUUGGCUGGAAUCUGCCUGGGAACGCUUGCUAAAGUGAGCGACGAGACCUUUGGGGCAACUGGAUAUACGUAUACCGUUAUUGCAGUUUCUCUUCUGACUGGAAUAGCAGCUCUGAGAUCAUUCUCUCUGGAUAAACUACACUACUGGAGAGAGAGUGCUUCUGGGAUGAGCAGCUUGGCUUACUUCAUGGCAAAGGAUACAGUGGAUCUUCUCAACACAAUAUUAAAACCAAUGGUGUAUCUUUCAAUGUUCUAUUUCUUCAACAAUCCAAGAUCCUCCUUUUUGGACAAUUAUAUUGUUUUGGUUUGUCUUGUGUACUGCGUCACUGGAAUAGCUUAUGCAUUUGCCAUAUACCUCCAACCAGGUCCAGCCCAACUGUGGUCUGUGCUUGUUCCUGUUGUGUUAACUCUCAUAGCAAACCAGACGAAUCCCGGAGAUUUCCUCAAGAGCCUACAAGACAUUUGUUACACCAAAUGGGCUUUGGAGGCAUUUGUUGUCGCCAACGUUGAAAAGUAUUCUGGUGUGUGGUUGGUAACAAGAUGUGGUUCACUGAUGAGCAGCAAUUAUAAGCUGGAUGACUGGUUUCCUUGUUUAAUUUACCUCAUCAUUGCUGGCAUAGUUAGUAGGACAGUUGCAUACUUUUGCUUAGUCACCUUCCAGAAGAAAUAACUAAACCUCCCCUUCAUGCUUCCAAUUUUCUUCUCUUUCUAUUCUACAAGAACAAUAUGCCUAACUUGUAUACACAGAUAGAUUUCA